GGUUGGAAAUCUACAUUUGCUGUAGUUACUGGUAGAGCAGGAGUAAGAUUUUUUUGUCAGACUUUUUUCUCAAGAAUGAAAACUGAGUAAGUUAAGUUUUAAUUUUCUCUGUUUGAGUGCUGAGAUAAAUUAAUUGCAAAUCCACAGGCUGAAAAGAAGCAAAACAAGCUGUAUCCUUGUCAAUGAUUAAAUGAGGUUUGAUGUAUCAAGGUAGUUUUGCUGUGUUCUUUGUCUCACACUAGUUUGAAUGCAUCAAUGCAAGUGAAGAUAAAGUUAUAUCUAAAAGUGUUUGCCUUUUUUAGCAUGCAAUUCUGAUCAAGGCAAAAAUUCCAUGUCAUUCCAAAUGGGGAGUUUUCCUAAGCAGAAUUUAAAAACUGUAUUCAGGUAGUGUUUUCUUUGUAUACAGAUGAGUGACUAAGUAGAAGUAGAUAAUUUUUCUCCAAUAUAUUUUAUCUGUAUUUUUCAAAAACUACAAGCUCUACAAGAACAGGUUUAUUAAACUGAAUGUAAAAGUUAAUGCUUUUCUUUCCAAGUGAUAUUGUCACAUGAGCAUUUGCUUACUGCUUUAUGAGAAUCAAAUACCAUUUGUUCAGACCAAGGAGGGCAAUUAAUUGAUUGACUGAACUAGAAUGGAAAGUGAAAUUGAAACCAUUCACACAAGGGUUUUGUUUUGGGGUUUUUUUUGUACAGUACUGAAAAGCCACAAUGUAAAAUAAUAGAAAAAGCUUAUAUUUCUUAUUCUCCCCAAACAGUUCUUCUGAUGUGAGGGCUUUGACUGACUCAGAAAUGAAAAGCAUCUUUCAUAUCAUCAUGUCUUAGGGAAUCUUUGCCUUCUUGAAGGCACAUGGAAUGGGAUCUAAACACACUUGUUUGAUCCAAUAAAAUGCGUGGAUAGAAUGUUAAAAAUCCUUCCACUCAGCUACUGGAAAUGUCACACCAGGUAUAAAACAAAUUUUCGGUACAUUUUAAGUACUAGGUAGCUUUAACCUAUUGCUUUGCAGAACUUUGUAUUCUUACUUGCAGCAAAACCACUGUAUUGCACAGCAACUCACAGAAUUUGAAAGGCAACAGGCCACUUGCAGUCAUCACCAUUUACUGUGGAUACCCAAGUAUUUCCUCAUAUUUUUGUAUUCUCUUAGUUUUAAGGAAAUUUUCUUGAUGUAAAUGUGAUUUUAGGGGUUAGAGUUGCAAUAUCAUUUGUUUGUUCUGCUUUCCUUCUCCCCUAGUCAACUACUUCCGUUUCUCCCUGUAUCCCUUACACUGACAUGAAUCACUGUGACUGCUCUUAUGAUGCAUUCUUAUGUAUACGUGGCUUUGCAGAGCAACUUGGAUAGCAAUAACCCUCUACUUGGGGCAGUGUUUCACUCUUCUCUUUUGCAGGUGUCAGAUAUUCAUAUCAGCAAAUUUCAAGAUCCCAAACGAGCUCCUGAAUUCGAAAAAUUCUGUUCUGAAACAAUUGAUGUAAUUCAGCCAGCACUUGUUCUAGCAACAGGUGAUCUGACAGAUGCUAAGACAAGAGAUAAACUGGGAUCUGAGCAGGUAGAAGAUGAGUGGAAAACUUACCAGUCAAUCCUGAAGAGAUCAAGGGUCAUGGAAAAAACCAAGUGGAUAGACAUCAAAGGGAAUCAUGAUUCAUUCAACAUUCCACGCCUGGAUAGUGUUCAGAAUUAUUACAGGAAAUACUCUGCCUGGCGUAGAGAUGGUUCUUUCCAUUACAUCCACACAACCUCUUUUGGGAACUAUUCAUUCAUCUGCGUGGAUGCCACACUCAGCCCAGGCCCUAAGAGACCCUAUAAUUUUUUUGGGAUUUUAAACAUGAAUCAAAUGGCAGAGCUGUCUUUGAUGGCAGCAGAAAGUCUACACAGCAACCAUACUAUCUGGUUUGGCCACUACCCCACCUCAACAAUCAUCUCCCCAUCCCCUGGAAUACGAACACUAAUGAGUUCUGCCACAGCCUAUUUAUGUGGACAUCUCCAUACAAUGGGUGGGCUGAUGCCAGUCUUGCACAGUCAACACCGUGGUGGCACUCUGGAACUUGAGCUGGGAGACUGGAUGGAUAAUAGGAGAUACAGGAUCCUCGUGUUUGAUCAUGACCUCCUCAGCUUCGCAGAUCUUAACUUUGAAGAGUGGCCUGUAGUUCUCAUCACCAAUCCCAAAUCCUUCCUUUACAGCAGUUCUACUCAUGAACCACUAGUCAAAAUUCUUUAUUCCACUCAUAUCAGAAUUCUGGCAUUUUCUCCUUCUGUCAUUAUCUCUGUCAAAGUCUACAUAGAUGGAGUUCACCUGGGGAAUGCACAUCAUGUGUCUGGCCCUCUCUAUGUGCUGAAGUGGAGUCCACAAAACUACAGUGAAGGGUUCCAUCACAUAGAAGCGACUGUCCAGGAUGCUUCAGGAAGAAUUGGCACACGGGGCCAUUUAUUUGGUAUGGAAGAAAACCUCUCUCUUAGAUUUGACUUUUGGUCAUCUCUUAUUCUUCUCACUGACCACUAUGUUCUGGCUCGAGUGCUCUUUGGAUUGAUUGUGCUGAUUCAGAUUACCUUGCUUGUUGUUUUCCGACACCUCCAAAAGCCAGCACUCAAAGGAAAGCCGGGAUUAUUUACUCUGACUUCAUAUUCUCUUCAUAUCUUCAGUAAAACAAACACCUUCUAUUACUCAAUUCUGGUUCUGAAUUUAUACACCAUUCUGGGACCAUGGUUUGUAGGUGAACUGAUAGAUGGCCAGAUGGGGGCCUGUUUUUCCUUUGGGGUGUUUGUUGGUGGUUCCUUCUUACAGGGCAGUAUGACAUUUGUGGUUGGGAUUUUACAGAUGAUGUUUUUCAACCUGCCAUUGAUGGCCUACCUGUGCUGGUGCCUGCUGCUGCGAUGUCAGGGCCACAGCUUCCUUUCCCACAUCCGUCACGUCCGACGCCUCGUGGCUGUGCUGGUUCACCUGGCAAUGACCCUGCUCCUGGCCUGGCAGGUCUAUUCCUGCUAUUUCCUGCAGCGAACAUAUGGCACCUUGGCGUUCUUCCUCUCCCCAAUGAGAACAUGGUUGGUGGUACUGACCGCAGCUCUCAUUUAUAAAACCUGGACACUGAAAUCAUCAGAGCUCAGAACUUACAUAAUAGAGAUAAAAAACUGCCAAAGCUCUUGAAGUAUAAGUACUCCAAGUUCUGUCUUAAAAACUGUCAAGAUACAACCUUAUCAUUUUGUGAUGCUGGAAUUCCAUACACUCCACCAUUAGGUGGUAGGACCCAAAGCUGCACCUGCACUGCUACAGAACUGUAUUAAAUAGUAAAUGAACAAUAUGUUAUACACACUUUCCUUGUAUUAUACAACAUACUGUAUAAAACAUGUUAUAUAAUACAGUCAUGCAUUAUACAUCAAUACAGUAAACUGUGGAAUAAUCUCAUCAGUGGGUUUUUUUAGUGAUACAGAGAUAGAUAUGUCCAUAUGGCUCACAAAUGGAAAUGUUUGUCUAUUACUACUGUGAAUAGAAAAAUACUUUUAACUAAUUAUUGAUUUUUUUAUAAUGCUGCAAAAUAUGAGCAUAGGACUUGAUGAGCUUCUUGAUUUGUGCUUAAUUUGAAUUUUAUUUCAGGGUUGACAUGUGUUUUUACAAGACUAGACCAGAUGUCUUUAUGAAGUAAUGGUGAUUGCAAAGGCGUUGUAGUGGCCUUCACAGUCAGAGUCCUAUGCCCAUACAUGUUUUCAGUUCAUAAUGCUGUAUACAAGAUUAUAGGCUGUACGGUGUGCAUAUGUUUUUAUGUUCAUGUUUACCUGAGCUGUGGCCUAUAGAUCUUGCCCUGGGAGUGCUGGCUAAUUAACAGGCUCACUCUCUGGAAGUGAGCUCCUUCUCUGGAAGGAAGGAGUUUCAUUUCCCACUACUGAGGCUGCCAGUCCUCUCACCCAUGACUGGUGAAAGAACAGUGAAUUAUCAGCAGUGCUGGGGUUCUCGGCUUCAAAGCAAAGAAUGGAGACAAUGUCCUCAGGAUGGGAGAAGCUGAAGGAAUACUAUGGUUUGAUGCCUAUAAAGUCUGUAAUUUCUGUUUUAUGUGUCUCAGCUGUGUUUCUGGGUCUCAGCCAAAUGCACCAAAGAGUGACCUAAGAAAACUAAUUUCUUUGUUUUCAUUUUUUUCUAAGUCCAAAAAUGAUAGAACAGUUAGUUACAUUAAUGAAGAAUGUAAUGAUUGAGAGCUAGGAAAGCUGAAGUGCCUUGAUCUGUAAAGAACACUGCAUUUCUUCACAAACAACCUGCUGUGAGUGGAAUGCUUAAAAUACUUUAGGUAAUUGUACACUAACUUAUCUGUGGCUUCUCAAGAAAAGAGAGGACGAAUUUAUUUAUAGUCCCUUUGGAAAAAAACAGCAGUGACUGUAGUAGAACACAGGAAAAUAAAUCGGAAGAAAAUACUGACUACAACAAGGACUUUUGUUAUUUCUAACAGGUGACAGUUUUCCUAUUCCUUAAUUUCUGUUCUGCAAUUAUAUAGGAAAAUAGUUAUGUAAUACUAAUAAUAAUGUAAUUUCUUCAAUGUAACAGGGAAAAGAGAGAAAGAGCACCCAUUUACAUGAGUUAAAUACACUGUUAAGAAAAUAAAGAAUGUAAUUCGUUACUACAAAAGUUUGUUUUGCAAAGCUGUUAAAAAAUCAGAGACGGCGCAAAAUUUAUUUGUGAGAUACAAUACUGAAAAAUUGAUAAUAAAAUGCCAUUUCACAAUUAAAGUA